AUGAGUCCGGAGGGCGACACCCCCAGCCCGCACGCCCGCCCCCUCCCUCCUUAUGAGAGCGAGCGAGCGGCGGCGCCCGAGCCACACUGCGCUGAGCCCGCUCCCCGCAGCCACCUCCGGCCCAGGAAAGGAGGGAGGGAGGGAGGGAGGGAGGGGAGGGAUCCCGCCCGCCCGCCCCGCGCGGGGCCUCCGGGCGCGAUGCAGAGACCCGGAGGCGGCAGCGGGGCUGGGGGCAGCGGCGGGGGCAGCGGUGGGAGCCAGGGCACCGCCUUCUCCAUCGACUCCCUCAUCGGGCCGCCCCCGCCGCGCUCCGGCCACUUGCUGUACACUGGCUAUCCCAUGUUCAUGCCCUAUCGACCGCUAGUCCUGCCUCAGGCUCUGGCCCCCGCGCCUCUGCCCGCAGGCCUCCCGCCGCUCGCACCGCUUGCCUCCUUUGCUGGCCGCCUCACUAACACCUUCUGCGCCGGGCUGGGCCAGGCCGUGCCAUCCAUGGUGGCGCUCACCACCGCACUGCCCAGCUUCGCGGAACCCCCCGACGCCUUCUACGGUCCCCCGGAGCUGGCUGCUUCCCGCAACAAUCCGGAGCCCGGUGGCCGGCGUCCAGAGAGCGGGCUGGAGCCCGAUGAGCUGCCGCAGACCAGAGAGAAAGUAGCAGAGCCCCCACCACCGCCUCCUCCUCCGGCGCCGCACUUCUCCGAGACUUUCCCAAGUCUGACGGCGGAGGGGAAGGCGUACAGCUCGGAUGAGGAGAAGCUGGACGCGCCGUCGGGGGAGACGGCCGGCAGCGAGCCCGAAGAAGAAGGCUCGGGCGGCGGGGACAGCGAGGACGACGGCUUCCUGGACAGUGCCACUGGGGGCGCGACGGCCCUGCUGGGGCCCAAGCCCAAGCUCAAGGGAGGCCUAGGCUCCGGGGCCCUGGACGGGCCUCCCGGGACCCCAGGGGCCUCGGCCCCGGGGGGCAAGAGCCGGCGGCGGCGCACGGCGUUCACCAGCGAGCAGCUACUGGAGCUGGAGAAGGAGUUCCACUGUAAGAAGUACCUGAGCCUGACCGAGCGCUCGCAGAUCGCGCACGCCCUCAAGCUCAGCGAGGUGCAGGUCAAAAUCUGGUUCCAGAAUCGCCGGGCCAAGUGGAAGCGCAUCAAGGCGGGCAACGUGAGCAGCCGCUCCGGGGAGCCGGUCAGGAACCCCAAGAUCGUGGUGCCCAUUCCCGUGCACGUCAACAGGUUUGCCGUGCGCAGCCAGCACCAGCAGCUAGAGCAGGGCGCCCGCCCCUGA